UAAUUAUGCAAAAUUAAGUGCAUGCAAAAACGUUGAAGUGAAGUCUGAGGACGUCGUGUCAGCUGGUUGAUCCUCUUGAACCAAAAUGGACGAAUGCUAUACUGUAUUAUCUCGAGAGUAAAUUCAUACUUCCAGAGGAUGCACUUCUGCAUUACCCCGUCACCUCGCCUCCUCAGCAACCACAACAACGAUAAACGCUGACCUUUCGUUUUAAUGGUUAAACAACUCAUCAGUUAUCGCUGCAAUAAAACCGGAAUGCAAACACAACGCACAUCCAGACACACACACUUUUGUCCUUCUACAGUGGCGGUUGAGAACAACAUGUACUCAGUCCCAGCAGAGCGUCAAUGAAGGACUGUUCUCCGUCCUGCCCGGAGUCACCGAUCAUGCUGCUUGUCUGGGGGGAAAACAAAGCCUGAGACCCAAGAUGAAGGCAGAGAAGGAGGCUCCUUCGAUAUCCAGAAUCACUUCCCAGGUUUUAAUGCUCGUGUGUCUCGGUUCCUUCAAUUCAAUUGGGGCGCUGGCAGUGAACAUCACUGUCCCCAACACUCUCAUUAGAGGCACAGCAGGGGGGGAGGCGCUGCUGUCCGUCAACUAUAGUAGCUCUAGUCUCGACCUACCGGUCAUCAAGUGGCAGCUCGAGAGGGAAAAGUCCGUCACCGUCGUCCAGUCGAUCGGAACCGACAUCAUCGGGACCCUGAGGCCCGAGUAUCGCGACCGCAUCCUGGUGUUUGAAAACGGGACUCUGCUUCUCCACAACCUUAGACUCUCUGACGAUGGAACUUAUGACGUGGAAAUCUCUAUCACGGAUGACACCUUUCCAGGAGAGGGCACCAUCACGCUCACUGUGGAUGAGUCGAUAUCCAGGCCCUACAUCCACAUGGAAGCUUUAUCGGUACUGGAGCUCAGUGAAAACGUCGUCCUCAACUGCUCCCAUGACAAUGGAACCAGGACUGCAUACAGGUGGUCCAAAGGCGGAAAGCCACUGACCAACGUGACGAGGUUCAUGCUGUCGCCGGACCAGAAGUUCUUGACCAUCACGCGGGUUUUGAUGGCAGACGAUGACAUCUACAGCUGCACGGUGGAGAAUCCCGUGGGAAGUAUGACGAGCCUGCCGAUCCGACUGACCGUCUACAGAAGAAGUUCCCUCUACAUCAUCCUUUCCACCGGAGGCAUUUUUCUCCUCAUCUCUUUGGUGACAGUGUGCGCCUGCUGGACGCCUUCCAAAAGUAAAAGACGUCAAAGAUCAAAGCAUCUCUCCACUUUUUAUGACCACUUGGACCAGUCACCAUUCAGUCAAACAGCUGAUGUGCUGCCAAAAAGGAAAGAGCAUAACGGGAUAAAUGCUGUAACUUCACUUUACAUCCUGCAGCAAAAGGAUCCUUCAAUGGACGACUCAUCCAGCAACAGUAUUGGAUCCCCGGAACUGGAAAACCCUCCGUGCUACACCAGUUCCCCCGACCACAGUCUGACCCCGUCCAACGGGUCCCCUGCCUGCUCCUCCCACAGGUGUCCCUGAAGUAACCCGUCAGGUCGGUCCUGCUUUGUGCUGCUCCCGACACGGGGAGGCGACUCCCUGCACAGUGGCCGGGAAUUUAGGAGAGAUUGCCUUUCAAGAGUGGGGAAUUUACAAUAAUGUGAUUACUGCCUGAUGAUGUGUUUUUAUUAAAGUAACGGGUAACGUGGAUGUAGUUUGAAGCCCAGCCUGUAGUCAUUCAAAAUGAUCACCAAACCGCAUAAAGUUAGUUUUUUAUGAUUAAGUGGUUUAAAAAGGAGAAGAAAUGCAACUUUGUUUCUUUUACAGUGUUGUGUGUGUGAUUUUGUCUCUUGUGUUGAUGAAGGGAAAUCAUGCUUUGUAACAUUUUGUUAAAUAGUGUAAAUUACUAUUUUAGUUUUACUAAAUGAUUUAAUUGCAUUUAUAGGUGCCAGACAGAGUAAAGACCAGUCGAGACUAUUUCAAUUUUAUACAUAAAUAAAAUGUUUCUUGUACUGUU